AUGGCAAUCAGAGGAUCAAUCCUACUUUUCGCAGUUCUAUUGUGUUGCUUUUGUUGCUAUGGAAAAGUUGAAGGAGGCAACAGGAAAUUAUCAAGGAAAGAAGAUUUGGAAAUUGAAAAGCAACUUAAGCUUUUGAAUAAGCCAGCACUCAAGACUAUAAAAACUGAAAGUGGAGAUAUCUAUGAUUGUGUUGAUUUCUACAAACAGCCGGCUUUUGAUCAUCCAUUGCUGAAGAACCACACUUAUCAUUAUGAGGUGUUUGUUACGACACCAAUAUCUCCGAAUAAGAAGAUCACUGACAAAGAACCAGCAGGGGCCGGCGAACCAUUAAAAAUAGGGCUGCAAGGUGAAGGUUGUCCUAUUGGAACAGUUCCUAUUCGGAGAACUACUAAAGAAGAUCUCAUUAGAGCCAAGUUAUUUGCAGACACAUAUGCUUCAAGAUUCAAUCCCCUCACCGUCCAAAGGCCAGGCCUUCAUCGUGCCAUCGUUCGAACAAGAUCCGUACCUGCAAAGAAGUACAAUGGAGGUGGUGGAAUGGUCAGCGUAUACCAGCCAAGUGUUAGUGACUCGCAGUUCAGUUCAGCUCAAAUGACAAUCCAAGGCGGAUCAGACAACAUACAAGUUGGGUGGACGGUAAACCCUAGUUUAUAUGGUGACACUAAAACUCGGCUCUUCACAUUUUUUAAGGCUGGUCCAACAUUUUGUUUUAACACACAAUGCCCGGGGUUUGUUAUUGUUAAUACCGACAUACCUCUAGAUAGCAUUAUUACAACAAUUUCUACACGCGGCGGACCAAUAUAUGAUAUGAGGCUGUUUGUUUACCGGGACCAAGUAAGUGGAAAUUGGUGGCUUGAAGUGGGACCAAACUACUCAAAAGUAGGAUAUUGGCCAUCAAAAAUAUUCAGUGGCUUAAAAGACUUGGCUACAUAUGUUGAUUGGGGAGGAGAGGCUUACAGUCCACUGGGUCAACAUGGUCCUGAAAUGGGUGCUGGCGAUUAUCUAGAUGGAGACACUAACAAGGAUGCAUUUUGUAAGCUAGUCACAACAGUAAAUGAGGCUCAUAACCCCGAAGAUGCCCAAAAUACCGAAACGUUUUCAGAUGAUAUUCGCUACUAUCAGGUUGAUGACUGGGGAGUACGAGGUCAAUCUGGACAUGUAAUGACGUUUGGAGGGCCUGGACCGCAGUGA